UGCCCUCUAUAUAAACCCAAUAUCCUUAUUUCUUCUAACUAAAAACCUUCUCUAGCUAGAGAAUAAUACAUAGACUAGAGAUCAGAAAGAUGGGUGAAAUUUUUGUACUCUUCUCCAUCUUUCUUCCUACUCUUCUUCUUCUAUUACUAUUACCUCUAAUUUUCUUCAAAAAGGAGAACAACAAAGGCAAGAAGCUGCCUCCUGGUUCCAUGGGGUGGCCUCUAAUCGGCGAGACCUUCCAUCUCUACUCUCGAGAUCCGACCAUCUUCUUCCUCGACAAACAAAAAAGAUAUGGGGAAAUAUUCAAGACCCACAUUCAUGGAUGUCCGUGUGUGAUGCUAGCCACGCCAGAGGCGGCUCGGUUCGUGCUGGUGACACAAGCUCACCUCUUCAAGCCCACUUACCCACACGGCAAGGAGCGUCUGAUUGGGCCAUCGGCUCUGUUUUUCCACCAGAGCGACGCCCAUUUGCGCCUCCGGAAGCUGGUUCAGAGCUCCCUCUCACCGGACCCAGUCCGAGCCUUGGUCCCCUAUAUCGACGCCCUCGCCUCCUCCGCAUUGGCCUUCUGGCUCCAUGGCCACACCGUCAACACCUUUGAAGAAAUGAAAAAGUUCUCUUUUGAAGUCGGAAUUUUGGCGAUUUUCGGACAUUUGGAGGAUGAUAAUUACAGAGAUGAGCUAAUGAAGAACUACUCCAUGGUUAACAGAGGCUACAAUUCUUUCCUCACCAACAUUCCCGGAACUAUUUACAAAAAAGCACUUAAAGCAAGGAAGAGGCUGGGAGAGAUCAUAAGCUGUAUUAUCUCUGAGAAAAGGCAGAAUACGACGAAGAAAUUGGCGGAGAAGAAUCUGCUGGGUUGUUUGCUGAAAUGGAGAGAUGAAAAAGGAGAAACUUUAAGUGAUGAACAGAUCGCCGACAACUUAAUCGGAGUUCUCUUCGCCGCUCAGGACACGACGGCGAGUGUUCUCACAUGGGUUCUUAAAUAUCUCCAUGAUAACCGCAAAGUUCUACAAGCUGUGAAGGCAGAGCAGAAGGCGAUAGAAGAAGCCAUUAAUGGAGGGAGCCGACCAAUGAGCUGGUCUCACACACGAAACAUGCCAUUUACCAACAAGGUGGUGUUAGAGAGCUUGAGAAUGGCGAGUAUAAUAACAUUCACUUUCAGAGAAGCUGUGGCAGAUGUUGAAUACAAUGGAUAUUUAAUUCCAAAGGGUUGGAAAGUAAUGCCUUUAUUCAGUAAUAUUCAUCACAAUUCUGAAUACUUUGUUGACCCUCACAAAUUUGAUCCUUCAAGAUUUGAGGUUGCUCCAAGACCCAAUACGUUCAUGCCAUUUGGCAGUGGGGUCCAUGCCUGCCCUGGAAAUGAGCUUGCCAAGCUUGAAAUCUUGAUCAUGAUCCACCACCUAGUCACCAAAUUCAGAUGGGAAUUUGCAGGGCGGGGAGAUGGGAUUCAUCAUGGGCCAUUUCCAGUUCCAUUGGAUGGGCUUCCAAUCAGAGUCUGGAGAUUAUCCAACUGAGAAUGGGCCUCAUUUCACUAUAGCCCAAAAUGGGUUCUCUCUAUGAAAAUGGGCCUCAUUUCAGUACCCAAAGUGGGUCUCUCACUGAAAUGAGCUCUCUCUCUCUCUCUCUUUUUUUUGGGGUCCCUUUUUCUCUUAUCUUUUUCUGCAAUUUGAGCUAGCGAUCCAUCCACCCCCAAAGCAAAUGUGGUGGUUGGUUUCAUAAUCUUUAUAAUUUAUGAAGAAAAAAAGGGAAAAAAUAGCCUUUUCUACCUUACAAUCCCAUGUAAUUUUCUACAAAGCUCUUCAACAAAAAGUAAAACAGAGCAUAGUUUCUCCGAAAGGAGAUUUUUUAUUCAAUAACAUAAUAAAGUUCUCCAAUGUGUUAUGAUA